CGUUUUCUGUCUUUUCCGGCCAUUGUAGUCAUCAGCUUUACCGCUCGUGUCGUCGCAAAAAUUGGGAUUCGGACUUUGACAAAUACAGAAAAGUAUAUAGUGCAGUUUUUUUUUUACUCUCAGAAAGUGCAAACGUUUUAACUAAAUUCAAUUCAUUAACUUUAAAGUAAAAUAAAUUUCAAUACACAAUGGCCGAUAAUAAAAACCAGGAUUGUGAAAUGAAUGGCGAGGACUUUUCCCAAGACGUCAGCGCUUCUAAUGAAAAAGAAAAUGGAGGUAGCACCGGUACCAAUGGAAAUGAAUCUAAUGCACGCGAUGACGACAGAAAAUUGUUUGUUGGCGGUUUAAGCUGGGAAACUUCGGAAAAGGAACUCCGUGAACACUUUAGCAAGUUUGGUGAAAUCGAAAGCAUCAAUGUUAAAACUGACCCACAGACUGGACGUUCUCGUGGUUUUGCAUUCAUUGUCUUUGCAACAACAGAUGCCAUUGACAAAGUAAAUGAAGCCGGUGAACAUGUCAUUAACAAUAAGAAGGUUGAUCCCAAAAAAGCUAAAGCCCGCCAUGGCAAAAUCUUCGUCGGUGGUUUGACAACUGAAAUCAGCGAUGAUGAAAUCAAGACCUACUUUGGUCAAUUUGGCAAUAUUGUGGACGUAGAAAUGCCUUUCGACAAACAAAAGUCGCAACGCAAAGGUUUCUGUUUCAUUACAUUUGAUUCGGAACAAGUUGUAACUGAAUUAUUAAAGACACCAAAACAAAAAAUUUCCGGAAAGGAAGUAGAUGUUAAGCGUGCCACACCCAAACCAGAAAAUCAAAUGAUGAUGAUGGGCGGACGCGGCGGUCGUGGUGGUAUGCGAGGAGGACGUGGUGGUUACGGACGUGGUGGUUAUGCACAUCAAUGGUCUGGUGGUCCCGGCGCAUACCCCUCUUAUGGUAACUACGGCUAUGAUGCUGGUUACGGCGAUUACUACAGUGGUGGCUAUUACAAUGGCUACGAUUAUGGCUACGAACCAUAUGCAAACUAUGCAAACAAAAUGAAGAAAGUUAAUGUGUUGUAUAAAAGAAAAACGCCAAACCAGAAAGUCACAUUUUAAGAGACACAGACAAAAAAACAUCAUCUAUGCCAUGCCCCACCUACUACCACACAAGCAAAAACGGAAAAAUCUGAAUCCCCCCAUAACCAAAUCCAACGCACACAAUAGUAGAGAAGAGGAACAAAUCCAAUUCCUAAAAAUAAUUGCAAACUAACGAAGUUGUUGACAACCUAAAGGCAGUAGUCGUCUUCAGCGGUUAGUCCUUACUUCCACACCCCCUUAAUUUGUUCAAUAUUCUGAUGAUGAUUAUGAUGAUUACUAUUAUUUUCUUUGAUAUUUGAUUAGAGAUGUUCAUCUUAUAUAUACAAACCUAUAUAUAUAUAUACAUUGUACUCUUUAAACAUUUUGUUUGAUUUUAGAAGAAAAACAAAAACAAAUCUUAGACAAGUUUAAAGCAAAACGUAAUUAUUUUUCUUUCCUGUAAUGAAAGUUUUUUUUAGAAAUUAAUAUACAUACUCUUAUAUUUUACACGUAUCAUAUAAUUUUUGUUUUAAUUAAAACAAACAAAAAAAACCAAACUUGUUUCAAUAUUGCUUAAAAUUAAAAUUGAAAAAAUUCGAGAGCAUCAUUUCCAACGUAAACGUAAAAGUAAUAAAAUCCGAUUUUUUUUAACAAAACAUCGUGAACUGACGAAGCUAUAGUGUGUUAAAAACAUAUAUAAAACUAAUCAUCGAGGCGUGUUUUGAUUAUUUUCGAUGGACGAUCAUGUUAAUAAUCCAGAGACGUGCCAAUUUAUACAACGCGUAUCUCAAAAAAGAAAACAAAAAGAAUAGGCAAAGAAUAUGAAGAGCGAAAAAGAAGAGAAAAAUAGUAGAAAAGAAUUUGCGGAGAAAAAAUUACAAGAAAAGAUAGGAAAUACAUAUAGAGGGAUAGCAAAGCUGUGUAUGUUUAUAAAACUUAUAUAAUAGGCCCAUAGGCAGGAUUUUAUUUAUACCAAAAUUCUUACAUUUGAUCAUAUGAUUUUUGAACAAUUUAAAUCUAAGGUUGAGAAAAUAUAUUCUAUAACUAUAAGGAGUAAACAACCCCCUAAUAGGAAAAUUGGACAAAAAGUUGAAAAAAGUCAUUGAAAAAUAAACCAAUACAGAAUUGGUAUAUCUGGUCAAAUAUUUCUACCAGUUGUACUUAUUUAUUUAUACAUUGUAACCAGUUUUGUUUCUUCCUUUUGUUUAUAAUGACAUUAAUCACAAUAGUCGCCACAAUCAAUUACUGCUGCCGAACAAUUAUUCACAAUAAAGCCUUUAUUGGAUCAACAGUAUGGCUGAGGCGCCAGCCCUUGCCGUUGAAGAACUUCAUCGGGUCAAUCCGGUACGUACAGCCGGCUGCCAUGGGAUUGAUUAGAUGGUUAACUGUUUCAAGCUAUUUCGUAGAAUAUAUUUUCAAUAUAUGUUGAUGAAGUCAGGGCCGGUAAUACCGCAAGCGUGAAUGUAUAAACCCGUAAGAAAUAUAUCUAUUGUGAAUUAUUUAUUUCUUUUUAGAAAGAGAAUUAUUUAGAUCGUUCAUAGAUCAUUCAAUAAUAGACAUUAAAAUGGAUAUAAAAGUAGUUUGACAUGCAUUAAAAACGAGAUGAAAUUUUAUUAGAUACGAAAGCGCACCCAAUAAUGUAUGCGGCAAUUCGGCCUCAGUUUUUCAAUUAAUGAGAGUUUUUGAGUUUUGCUAGGGCAAUAUAUAUGUACAACCAUACCUCAGAGUGCCAAACAGUUUUUAUUAGCUUUCAAGCUUGGAAGUGCCUUUAGGUGAUAUGGAGACUUAAAUGUGGACAUUUAACAAUUUUCCAGUCUAAAACCGUUUAAUGCUGGUCUUCUUACACCUUUCUUUAAUCUCCGAAUCCAAAAAUGUACUUCCUAUAUCUUUUCUUAUUAGUAGUCUCUCUCCAAGAAAAACUUUGAAUUUACUUUUCUCAUGAAAGCAAUUUUAUUGCUCUUUAACACCAACAUAAUAACCCUCAAAAAUCCCUAAUAUACAUAGUUAUUUAUUUUAUAAAUAUUUAUUAUAAUAACCAUAAGCAUUUGGCUUAAAGCCAAAUAAAAAAACAAACAAACAAAAAAGCCUUUUGCGCCACUUUGACAAGAGAAAGUGGUCACAUUUUAGAGGAAUUAUAUGUUAUAAUUUUUUUUAUAACAUAUUUUUUCAAUAUAGGACAUAUUUGAUAUUCUAGUAAGCGAGUGAAUGAAGAAGAAAGGAGAGCAAUGCGAGCAUAUAUUUUUUUAUGCAGCAAGAAGAGUUUUAGACAUGAAACAUUUUUUUGUUUUAUAUAUGAUGAAUAAAAGCAGCGGGGGUGCCAUAGGAGGAGAUUGCAAAGAGAAAUUGUAAAACGUUUACUGUUUGUUACGAACAAAGAAAUAAUUUCUUAUUUUCCAAGAAAUUUCAUAAAGAUUAUUACAGAAAAGGGAUGCCACCAACCCGCUGCAAACAAAACUAUACACAUUACACACAACCCAUACCAUACCAUAUAUAUUUUUUUGUAGAAGAACUUGCUUUUUUCCUAUAAUGAGAGACUUAAACAAAUUGAGCGAGUUAUAAGUCAAGUAUAAAGUGCAAUACUAAGAUCUCUGAAGAAUACUACAUAAACACACACACAACAUACACAAAAUUAAGACCAGAAAAGAAUUAGGUCUUGGGAGAGAAGCAUAGUUUUUACUGCGAAAAAGUAAAGAAAACCUUUUAUUUGCCUUGGGACAAUUGUUGUAAAAUCUGUCAAAAAGAAAAGUCUUAAACGUUUUUUUCUAUUUUACCGUAACAACACACACACACACAGGCAGGCAUAUACAUUUUAUUUACUUAGUCCAGCAAAUAUUUACUUUUUUAGCGUUCAAUUUCAAACAAAAAUUACGCGUGUUUGCGGCGUUUUAAGUUUUUUUUGUUGUUGCUGUUAAAAAAAAAACUAGAAAGAACACACUUCGUCAAUUGAAAACAAAAUAAUACACCAAUGUUCCAAAAAGCCUAAGAAGAAGAAGAGUGGGACAAAAUGCCUCUUUCAUAUGGUAGACAACCAAAACAAUGGUUCGCAGAAUUUUAACAUAAUUUUAAAAAGCUUAAUCUACCAAAAAAUUAAGAUUAAAAGCAAAUUUGUUUGAAUUAGUUUGAUUCGACUGUUUUUAGUUUGAGUUUGAACCUAGUAGCAUUUGGAGUUUACUAUUCUCAAUUUAAACCUCCCGGUUUGGUUGAACCUCUUCUUGGCUAGUGGCUUUUUGAUCGGUACUUCCGCGUGGUGUUGACUUUUAAUGCUUGAUAAAAUAAAUUUUAAACAAGAUUUGAAACAUUUUUCUUAAAUAAAUAUCUUUAUUAGAUUUCUUAAUUAAUUUCUAAACAGGCACAGUUCAUUAAGGGAAAACCAAAAAAGGUGUUAAAAAUUGAAAAUAAAGGCGCAGAAAAAGGCCAAAUAAGUCUUAUUUAUCUCGUCUAUUGAACAGAUUGACUCUUUUUUAGCAGUGCCCUUUAGUUAAAAUAUGUGUAAUUUUAAAUAUUUUUUCUAUUUUUUUUUUGUCUAUACUAUAUUGAUUAUAAAUAAUCUUUGAUUUAAUUAAAUUUUAAAAGUAUAUGUUAUACCCAAACCCCAUUAUUAUGUAACACUAUUAUAAAAUCGAAAAACCAACUAAAUUAAAUAUUUUAAAUAACACUCCCUUGCAUGUUUCUCAAUGUUUAUUUCCUUGGAACAAAAAAAACCUUUUAAAUUUUAAGUUUGAAUAUAAAAAAUAAUGAAAGAGGAAUUGAAAUAGCCGUUAUUUCGAUAAUUAUUAUCUUGUAAAUACAAGAAGAAUUAUUGUAAUAUCGCCCUGUCUUGAAUAUUUCUUGCUUUUGUAUAACAGCAUUUUCAUUACUUGUUAUAUUAUUUUUUUUUAUAGAUAUAUAUAUAUAUAUACUUUCAAUAUAACAAAAAACAAAAAAAAAAAAAACAUUGUAAUACCGAGUUUUCAAAUGUUUCGCCUCACAACACACCAUUUUUUAAUUAUUAUAUUCUUUACCUACCCCCCCGAAUACUUCUUUUCAAAAAUAUUGUUUAAAAACACAAAUGUUUUCGCUUAAAAUUUUUAUCCAAAUAAGUUUAAUUUUUUUCUUAAUACUUUUUAACCUGGUUUUGUGGUUAAUUUUCCGUAAUUAAUUUUUAAUCGUAAUACUUAGUUUAACUUUGUUAUGUAGUAGUUUUAAACAUAAUUUUUGUCUUGAAUUAUUUUUUUUUCCUUUUUUAUGAAAACAUAUUAGCAUUAGUUUUUCUUUUUUGAAUUUCCGUUAACUUCUAACCUUCUAAACGUCGUCAUAUCAACAGAAGAGACAAGUAAAGUUGUUUUUAUAACGAUAUAAAUUUAAUUUUUAUUACCAAUUUGUUUUUGUUUUUCUGAAAUCAAAUAAAAAUGAAAAAAGCAUACACUCUGAAUAAUACAAAACACAUAACGUUAAUAGUUGAGAUAAAAUCAAAAAAAAAAAACCUAUAAUAUAUAUACCAUGAAAACCAAAUCCCUUUCAAAAUAUCUAUAAAAUAUAUAUAUGGUGAGGUGAGACAUUAAAACACACACAGAGAAUUAGCAGCAGCAGCACAAGUUAAAAUGAGAGAACGCCGCGAGCCAGUUUAGCACGCGUCGCUUCCCCUCCUUUUGCUCUGCCUAAAAAAACAAAAACACCAUUCUUUAAGAUCAAAGAUCAUUUGAACGCUAAAUUGUUGUGUGGAAAAUAAGGUACAAAAUCACAAAUAUUGUCAAAAUGCAUUGAGAAAACAUGAGAAAGUUUUGCAUCAAAAUUCUUGCUAAAUAAGAGAAAACAGUGAGAGAGAGAUAGUGAUGAUGCAGUCCAAAUAUUUUUUAUAAUAAACAAUGAGUUUCUGAAUAGAGCGCCGGCCGCAUUUUAGCGCCUAAAUUCGUUUUUGCAAAAAUGGUGAAACAGAAAAACGCAAAUAUUUUAUGUCAAAUAGUUUCUCUACUAAACAAACAAACAUCUUAUCAUUGUUUUUAUAUAUAAUAUAUAUAAUGCAACAAAAUGCCUUUAAAAUUCUUAUAAUUAGACACAUGUGUAUGUAUUUAAAAAAAAAAAGAGCAAAUAAAAGUGAAAAAAAACAUAAAACAAUCAUCUCUUUUGGUUUCUCAUGUUGUGCUUGGAAGAGGCGGCGGCAAUCAUUAAAAGAUUUUCAUCUUUAUUUUCCCCAUAACAAUAAAUGUGUGUUCCAAAUUGAAAUCUGAAAUCUUAAUUUAAGAACGGCCAGAACAAACUAAUGGAUAUAAAUGCAAAAAUUUUCUACCAAAGCGAAAUCAUGCACAAGGUAAAUUUUUGAUAAUUGUGUUUCUGAUGUAUAUACCUAUAUAAAGUGCCUGCAUUAAAAUCAUUAAAUUAAAAAAAGAUAACUUCCAACUAAGGAUACACUCGGUAACUCCAUUACGAUUAAAAUGUCUCGUGGUCUUUUAUCGUUAAGAGAAACCAACAAGAGAACACAGUCACUCCCAAAUCUCACAGAUUCUUUUGCUGCAAAUUUUAGUGGGCUUUCUGACCAAGCAUUGCGAAAUUUACAUAACGAUGGUUUAAUAUAAAGAGGGCCCCAACUCAUUUUAUUUUUAUUCUGGAAGACAAAAUGAAAUACCUCUAAAUUUCUGGUCGAUACAACUACAAAUAACGGAUUUAUAACGAUUUACCAAAAAAAUACUAAUUCAAGUUUUUCCCUUCUCCUGUAAAGUAACAAAAAAAUCAGUAAGGAAAGGCAAAUGUCGGGCGGAGCCGCCUAUAUAAUACCCUACACCUACCCUACAAUUUUAAAUUCGGGCAAUAUAUAAGAAUAUAUGUAUAAGAGAGCUAUUUCUAAAUCUGAAUCGACUUUCAAACAGAACGUUUGAAAAUUGUUACUGCGGUCAAAUAAGUGCAAAUCUGGCGAUAAAUAUGUAUGGGUACUACAUCCAAAUUUUAACCGAUUAAGAUCGGUUACAAAUUGUGUUUAUUACACUCAUAUAAGUGUAAAUCGUGCGAUACAUAUACACGGGAGCUAUAUCCAAUUCUGAACCGAUUUUAAUUAAAUCUUGCAAGUAUGUUAUGAUCAGUAACAAAACAAUUCACGCCAAAUUUUGUGCAGAUUGGUUAAAAAUUGUAGUAACUACGUCCAUUUAGGUGCAAAUUGGGCGAUACAUAUAUAUGGGAGCUAUAUCCAAAUAUGAACCGAUUUUGGUGAAAUCUAGCAGAUAUGUUAGGAUCAAAAACAAAGUUAUCCUUGCCAAAUUUUGUCCAGAUCGGUUGAAAAUUGUAUCUACUACGGCCAUUUAAUUGGAGAUCGGGCGAUACAUAUAUAUGGGAGUUAUAUCUAAAUCUGAAACGAUUUUGAUGAAAUUUUAAAGAUAUGUUUAGGUCAGUAACAAAACAUUCCGCGCCAAAUUUUGUACAGAUCGGUUGAAAACUGUAGCCACUAUGGCCAUUUAAGUGCAAAUCGGGCGAUACAUACAUAUGGGAGCUAUAUUUUAAUCUGAACCGAUCUUGAUGAAAUUUUGCAGAUAUAUUAAGAUCAGCAAAAAAAAAACGAUACGUACCAAAUUUUAAGCAAAUCAGUUGAAUGUUGUAGCUUCUACGGCCAUUCAAGUGGAAAUCGGGCGAUACAUAUAUAUGGGAGCUAUAUCCAAAUCUGAACCGAUUUUGAUGAAAUUUCGUAGAUAUGUUAAAAUCAGUCAGGAAAAAAUUCGUCCCAAAUUUUGAGGAGAUCGUUUGAAAAUUGUAGUUACUACGACCAUUUAAGUGCAAAUCGGACGAUACAUAUAUAUGGGAGCUAUAUCUAAAUCUGAACCGAUUUUUACCAAAAUCAAUAGCGUUCGUCCUUGGGCCAAAAAGUGAUAUGUGCAAAAUUGUGAUCGUGAUGAUUGGAUGGCAAAUACGACCUACACUUUGAUUACAAGAAUACAUGGACUCACAGACGGACAUGGGUAAAUCGAAUCAGAAUUACUAAGUCGAUCGGUAUGCUUAUCAAUGGGUCUAGCUCUUCUUCUUCUUAGCGUUGCAAACAAGUGCACAAACUUAUAAUACCCUGUACGACAGUGGUGGUGUUGGGUAUAAAAAUCGGGUUAGACCCUUUUCAUAUUCAGCUCUCGAAGGAAAACAUCAAUUUAUUACCGACCGAUAAAUAACGAAAAGAAACUGACUGACUUUCGUGGGGAAUGAUACCUGAGACAAACCGACAGCUUGCUGCGCCGUUAUCACUGUUAGAAUGUUAUACGUUUAGAUCGCACAAGAGUCGGGGUAGGGUCUGCGCCUGAACUUCUCUGGUCUUUGGUAGGAGGUUGCAUAUCAUUGGGUCCUAUGGACGGACAUCCAAGAACAUACUACUCGUUUUCAGUUUACCGCUUAUAGACCUGAAUCUCUCGCUCUGCCGUCGAGAGCUAGUCGCUCAGUUUACGAGUCCACACUGGCACUGGUGUGUCCUGCCAAUAUGUUUUUGUCUGCAACCUAAAUCCUGCUGGAAAGAGAGAAUGGAUCACCUAAUUUUUCCUUCGGACUUUGACACAAAAUACAGGAGCACUUGUAGGCUAUCAAAUGUGAAACCAAGUUUUUUUUUGUGGGUUAGUUAGUGGUUGGGAAUCGUUAUGCCAUCGACUCUCAGUGACACUAUAGACAAAAAUGCAAACUUCUCACAUAUCCAUGAGUGCUCUCCGAUUCAAGUUAAGCUCAAUGAUAAAGGGCCUCCUUUUUAUAGCCGAACGGCGUGCCGCAGUGCGACACCUCUUUGGAGAGUUGCAGCUGCAGUUGGGAAAGAGGAUAGAUAGAGGUUAAACAGUGCCAUGCAUAUGAACUCACCUUGGGGAGUUCCUGUUUAUCCCUAAAUACAACAUACGACUCGUGACCACCACAUGUAAUUCACAAUUCAACAUUUCAAUUCCGGCUGGAGGGACAUGGAGGCAUUGGCAACAUCCUGAAAUUUCGUGUAUUUACCAAAAUGCGUCUUCGGCCUAAAAAUAAUAGUAAUAUGUGAAAAAUUUCGUGGUGAUUGGGUAACAAUUGAGAUCUCCAACUUGAUUAAAAACAAAAUAGGCGGACCAACGGUAUAGAAAGGAAACUGGCACAGAGCACGCCCCAGGGGGCUUUUAUCGCCUCUCCUUUGGGUGACCACUAUAAAUAACCUAUUACGGGUACUGACUGAGGAGGGACUUGAACCCGUCUGCUAUGCAGACAAUGUUAUAAUACUUCUGAGAGGUAAGGAUCCGAACCAACUAUGCAGAAGGGCCGAAAGGGUCUUGCAUAUGGCAUAUAAAAUAUGCCUGUUCACGAGGAAGACGAAGGUGGGCCAAUAAAACAAUUUCGAUAUCUGACAAGUUCAAACACUAAGGAGUGAUCUUGGAUAGGAAAUUUAAGUGUCACAUUCAAGAGCGUACUGACAAGGCUCACAGUUGUUGGGCACUAUGUAGACGGGUCGUAGGCUCGAAAUGAGGCCUGAAUCCGAGGAUAGUCCCACUGGCUCUACAGGAGCGUGAUUAGAUCAAUACUUACUUACGCCUCAGUAGUUUGGUGGACUGCUAUGGAGAAAAAGUGCAACAUAAGGACCAUACAGAGAACAUUUUGUCUUGGCAUAGGCGGAGCAAUGAGGACCACGCACACUAGGCCACUGUAGACUAUUCUAUAUAUCAGACCCAUUGACAUACAGAUUAUGUGUUCGGCAGCCACUGCGGCUAUGAGACUUAAGGCGAUGAGAGAAUGAAUUGAGGAUGGGAGCAGCUCAUACCAUCGCGGUAUAAUAGAGGCGACGAUAGAAACCUGGAAGGAAGGGGAGAGGUUUCCGAUUGGAUACCUGAGACGACACUUGAGGUCGAGUGCGAGGCACUGCUGUCAGCGGCACAGUCUUGGAUUGACGGAACCCCCCUAGUAUUACUAUCUGGAAGAUCAUGUUAUACGGAUGGAUUAAAGCUAGAGGACAGUGUGGGCCUUGGGUCUACAUUGAGAACCCAGGGACUGAGAUAUAUUUUAGAAUGCCUUACCAUAAUACGGCCCUGCAGGUGGAGAGAUCAGGGCGACUACGGAAUGCGUGAGGUGGUGUGGUACUAACGCGAGAACAUCGAGUGUGAUCAUCUUUACGGACAGUAAAAUGGCCAUAAGGGCAAUAACAACCAGGAAGGUAAGGUUGCGAAAAGUCUUGCAGUGUUAGAAGGAGACUAACGCCUUCUAUGAGGAUGGCACAAUCCGCCUCGUUUGGGUGCCGGGCCAUAACAUAGUAAGGGAGAAUGAAAGGGCAGACGAUUUGGCAGUGAAAGUCAGAGAACUGCCGUCAAUAAACUUGGUUAACCCGAAGCCUUUCCGGUCGACGCGUCCGAUUUAAGAGAGUGGGCGACAGCGGCGAAAAUCCUAUGGGGCGAUGCGGAUCGUGAGAGGACGAGGCUAUUACUGAAAGGAAGUAAGAAGGAGGUCAGUAUAACUUUUGGUAUCAUAACGGGAUACAUAGGAUCACUUUUACAAAAGUGAUAGCAUAUAUAAGACAUGUGGGGAAGAUAAGACGUUGGAGCAUUUCCUAUGUCAUUGCCCGGCUUUCGCUACUAGAAGAUAACGGUACUUAGGUGGCAACACAAUACCAGACAUGAACCAACUUAGGGGAGUGGUAUGAAAACAUAAACGGUUUUGUAAGUAGCAGGGAAUUCCUAACUACUAGUUUUGUUUUUUCUUGGUUACUUUUUAUACCCACCACCGUAGGAUAGGGGGUAUAUUCAUUUAGUCAUUCCGUAUGCAACACAUCGAUAUAUCAAUUUCCAACCCUACAAAGUAUAUAUAUUUCGGAUCAUCGUUAAAUUCUAAGACGAUUUAGCGAUGUCCGUCCGUCUGUUGUUAUCAUUCUAAAGCUUUCAAACAUUGACAUAUUGAGCUGAAAUUUGGCACAGAUAAGUUCUUGAACGGGCCAAAUUGGACCAUAUUUGAAUAUAGCUGCUAUAUAGACCGAUCUACCGAUAAAAGGUCGAAUGCCCGUAAAUGCUGAUUUUUUUAUCCGAUUUCGCUGAAAUUUGAAACAAUGAGUAGCUUAAGGCUUUCCGGCAUCUGACCCAAAUAUGGUUCAGAUCGGACUAUAUUUGGAUAUAGCUGCCAUAUAGACCGAUCUGCCGAUAAAGGGUCGUAAGCCCAUAAAAGGUUUAUUUGUUACCCGAUUUCUCUGAAAUUUAAAGGAGUGAGUUAUUUUAAACCUCCCGACAUCUGACCUAAUUAUGGUUCAGAUCGGUUUCUAUUUGAAUUUAGCUGUCAUAUAGACCGAUCUGCCGAUAAAGGGCCUUAAGCCCAUAAAAGCUUUAUUUGUUACCCGAUUUCUCUGAAUUUUUAAGGGGUGAGUUAUUUUAAACCUCCCUACAUCUGACCUAAUUAUGGUUCAGAGCGGACUUUAUUUAGAUAUAGCUACCAUAUAGACCGAUCUGCCGAUAAAGGGUCUAAAGCCCAUAAAUGCCUUAUUUUUUAUCCGAUUUCGCUGAAAUUUAAAACAGUUGUUUUGAGCCUUCCAAUAUCCGACCUUAAUAUGGUUCAGAUUGGUUUAUAUUUGGAUAUAGCUGCCAAAAAGACCAAUAUUUUGUUGUAAAAAUUUGAACAGUGACUUAUAUUUAUUAGACCACUCAAUGUCCGUGCCUAAUUUGAGUGUUUAAGUUAUACAAUUUUCACCGGAUUGUGACGAAAUGGGUUUUACAUAUAUACCCGAGGUGGUAGGUAUCCAAAGUUCGGCUCGGCCGAACUUAAUACCUUUUUGCUUGUUAGUUUUUAGAGCGCACAACAAGGCGAUUGCUGGCUAAGGUGUAUGUUCAUAGUGGCAUAGGGUGGAUCAUUAUCCGCACCCUCUUUUCAACCUAGACUAAAUAUUUAUCUAGAACAUUGUUGUGUUUGAUAUCUGACAUACAAUUUUCGCUUGAACUGGAUGUGCUGUAUAUACGUACAGCCUAUAUACAUAUGUACAAGUAAAAAAUACAAAUUUUGCCCAUGAACAUUCCACUAAGGAACAGGGGCAAACUUCUCACAUAUCAAUGAGUGCAGUUCGAUUCAAGUUUAAGCUCAAUGAUAAAGGGCCUCCUCUCUUUGAAGAGAAGUUUUACAUGGCAUAGUACCUCACAAAUGUUGCCAGCAUUAGGAAAGGAAAAUCACCGCUGAAAAAUUUUUCUGAUGGUCUCGCCAGGAUUCGAACCCAGGCGUUCAACGUCAUAGGCGGACAUGCUAACCUCUGCGCUACAAGUACAGCUAUCUAAUAUUCAACUUGGUUAGAUACGGGCCCGAAUGAUCGAGUACGAUAUCGCAAACUUGGGGCAGGCACCUACUAAGGAGUGCUGUGUUCUUAUCUUUGGAAGUUUCCCAUAAACAUUCACCCUUAUUAUGUCGAAAAUUAGAGUUCAUAUAUCAGUGGUGUUAUGUGCAAUAUAGAGGUGUUUGUUUUUUGAAAUAGAUGAACCAUCUAUAAAAAGAAGCAAUUACAUCGAUGUUGUUCAUAAUACCAAUUUUAGGCAGCCGUAGUCAAAUAUUCAAAUUUGACAUGUAUUCUCAAGCAUCUUAAAAAAAUGUGGUGAUAUAUAGAAAAAUGAUAAAUUUUCUAUAUAGGUACGACUGUUGGCUCAAGCCAAACUUAAUACAUCUUUAACAUGGCGACGACACAAAAGGUAAGCCUUUCAAAGCCUAUAUUGAAGAAAAGUACGGGAUCAAAACAAUCGAUAAUGCCUGUUAAAUGUUUGUGAUAAGGUAACAUUGAGUUUGUUGCCAUGUGUUAAUUAUGUCCCACUUGAUAUAAAUCAAACCAUAAUAUAUUUUAUAGAUUUUCGUAUGUAA